GAGGCCAAAAAGGUAAUUCGAUUCUUCAUCUUGGUUUCCGGUGGUGUUCUUAAAAAUACUAUUUCAAAUUGAAAUUGACACAAACUCGAAAGUAAGAAUAAGGAAAUAUAAAUAAAUAAAUAAAGGAACCAAGUGCUUCUCCAGGUUACUUUUUUCUGGUUUGGUAGGCGACUUCUAUCUUCCUCAUUCCGGACCCUUAUUUUGUUCUCUCUCUCUCUCUCUCACUCUGACUAUUCUUCUUCCCUAUAUAUAUAUAUAUAAAUACUCGUAACUGUUUUGGAAGAAUUUCCCGAGAAAAUUUGAAGUUUCAAUUUUCGAUAUCGGAUUUGCGCCAAUCGGAGCCUGGGAAUCGGAGAUUGGAGAAUUAAUUGUUUUGGAAUACGAAAGGGGAAGAGAAAUCUGGUUUCGGAAUUCGAUCCGUUUGGUCGCUGGGAAAACGUGAUUGAGAAAACAUGAAUAUGAUGGAUCCCGAGUUCAUCAGGCUCGCCCAGGAGCAGAUGAGUCGCAUGUCGCCUGCCGACUUUGCUAAGAUCCAACAACAGAUGAUGGCUAAUCCAGAGUUAAUGAGUAUGGCUACCGAAAGCAUGAAGAACUUGAGGCCUGAAGACCUUAGACAUGCAGCAGAACAGUUGAAGCAUACCCGUCCAGACGAGAUGGCUGAGAUUGGAGAAAAGAUGGCUAACUCAACUCCUGAGGAGAUAGCCACUAUGCGUACCCGUCUUGAUGCCCAGAUUAAUUAUGAACUGAACAAAGCUCAAAUGCUGAAGAAGCAGGGGAAUGAGCUUCAUAGCCAAGGAAAGUACAGUGAUGCAUUGCAGAAGUACUUGCUUGCCAAAAAUAACCUGAAAGGUAUUCCAUUGUCAAAGGGCCAAGCACUACAGAUGGCAUGCUCACUAAACUCAAUGUCGUGCUAUUUGAAAACAAAGCAGUAUGAUGAAUGCAUAAAAGAAGGUUCAGAGGUGUUGGCAUAUGAUGUGAAAAAUUUGAAAGCACUUUACCGGAGAGGUCAAGCAUAUAAAGAUUUAGGGCGAUUAAAAGAUGCUGUUUCUGAUCUUAGGAAGGCUCAUGAAGUUUCUCCUGAUGAUGAGACAAUUGCAGAUGUCUUGAGGGAUGCCGAGGAAAGAUUAGUUAAGGAGGGUGGUGAACCUGCACCAAGAGGUUUAGUAAUUGAAGAGAUAAUUGAGGAAGAAGAAGAGACUGUGUCUUCAAGCAACUACAAAGGCUCAUCUUCACAGUAUUCAGUGACACAAUCACAGGAAAUUAAUGAUUCCUUUAAGACUGGAAGAGUUUCUAGCAAUGAUGGCUUGUCAUCCAACUUAGACCAUGUGCAAGCUUUAAGAAAUAAUCCUGAAGCUAUGAGAUCAUUCCAGAAUUUCAUUGCAAAUGCUGAUCCUGAAACUCUAGCUGCUUUGAAUCCUGGAAGUUCUGGAGAGGUAUCUGCGGACAUGUUCAGGACUGCGUCAAACAUGAUUGACAAAAUGUCACCUGAAGAACUUCAAAGAAUGUUCCAAUUGGCCUCCUCAUUUCAGGGAGAUAACCAAAGUUCUAAGGGAGGCCCCCUUGGCGCUAAUUCUGAUAGUUUCAGACCUGGGUCAGUUCCUUCAAAUUUGUCACCUGACAUGCUUAAAACCGCAAGUGACAUGAUGAGCAAAAUGUCACCGGAGGAACUUCAGAAGAUGUUUGAAAUGGCAUCUCAGUUGAGGGGAAAAGACUCAUCUUCAAUGCCGACUGCUUUUAAUACAUAUGGACCAAGUUCGAAUAUUGGGUCAAGAUAUUCAGGUGGUGGGGAGAGUUCUGUUGUUAAUGAAACUAACAUGGGUAGUGAAACUAGUUCUCGGGCUUCAUUUGCAAAUUCAAGAAGUGUUGCGCCUCCAUCAAGCUUCCCCUCCUCAACUGCUGAUAUGCAAGAACAGAUGAGGAACCAAAUGAAAGAUCCAGCAACGCGGCAGAUGUUCACAUCAAUGAUAAAGAAUAUGAACCCAGAAAUGAUGGCAAACAUGGGCGAACAAUUUGGUUUUAAGCUUUCUCGAGAAGAUGCUGCGAAAGCUCAAGAAGCAAUGUCAUCUUUCUCACCGGAAGACUUGGAUAAAAUGAUGCGGUGGGCAGAUAGGAUACAAAGGGGAGCAGAAGGCAUAAAGAAGACGAAGAAUUGGCUCCUAGGUAGACCUGGUAUGAUUUUGGCAAUAUGCAUGCUUAUUCUAGCGAUGAUCCUUCACCGGCUCGGCUACAUCGGCAUCUAGAAUUGGACCCAUUUUUGUUUAUUCUUUAAUUCCCAGCUUGUUACACCUAUAGAUGAGUGGAUUCAGAAAUUAAAAUAACCUUUCAGUCAUAUCUUUAAGGUGAUUUGGUGUUAAUCGAAGUUAAAAGUAGAGGAGGGGGGA